CGAAACCGCUGUUUCAGCGUAAAAGAUGAGUCUUUUUACUGUGUUAUUCGAGGACGGUAAAACAACGCUGUCGUUUAACUUGAAAUAAGAAUUCUCCCUCCGUCUUCCGUAGCCUGCGAGCGACUAAAGGCAAAAGCGAAAACAGAACACUCUUUUACUGGCCGUCCUUCCCUGCCGGCGGUUCACCGUUCCGAUGUCUCGGACGUUCGGGAUCCCUUGGCCGGAACUUAACGACGGCUUGUUCUACAACGACGUCGUUCCUUCCCCCCAUUCAGGAUCGAAUCUCAUAGACUUCUACUCUACCAAGUACAAGAAUUCGGCUCCACUGAAAGGUUGGUUGCAGAGAAUUCACAAUGGACAGAUAAAAGUUGAUGGAGUUGUUGUUAAAGAACCCAACACUGUCCUCAGGGAUGGUUCUGAGUUGAUCUAUCACAGGCUUCCAUGGAGAGAACCGGAUGCACCUUGGUCUUUAGAAGUACUAUAUGAAGAUGAUGAUGAUAUGGUUGCUUUAAACAAGCCUUCUGGCUUGCAAGUCUUGCCGGGUGGACUGUUUCAGCAACGCACCGUUCUAACUCAACUCCAAUGGUUGGCAAGCAACCAAAGCUCUUCUGCUACAGCUAGCCAGGGAUCGCAUCCUGUUCCUGUGCACCGCCUGGGGAGAGGCACCUCUGGAAUAUUGCUCUGUGCGAAGUCCAAGCAUGCGAAAACUCAACUUGCUGCAUAUUUCGCAGAAGGGACAUCUCUCGUUGGAGGCAACAGCUUAGAGCCUGUCAAAGGAAGGAAAAUCUCGAAGAUAUACAGAGCCCUAGUUGAUGGAAUACUAAGAGAGGAUACGGUUGUGAUCAGGCAACCAAUUGGGACUGUGCGUUAUCCUGGUGUGGCUAAAGGGCUCUACGUUGCUUCAGCCUCAGGGAAACCUGCAUUGAGCCAAGUUCGGGUGCUUGAGAGAGAUUUACAAAGAAACUGCACAUUAGUCGAGGUGAAGAUCGAGUCAGGACGGCCACAUCAAAUUCGCAUUCACCUUUCAUUCAUAGGGCAUCCUUUAGUUGGUGAUCCUCUCUAUGUUGCUGGAGGGAAGCCGAGAUGUCUUGAUUCUGAAAUAGUAGAUGCAAGUUUCGCGCCAGACGGGGGUUACGAAAAACCUAACAAGCCGGUGCCUGGAGACUGCGGAUACUACUUGCAUGCACAUCGACUGAUUAUUACACACCCAUCCACUUGUGAGGAGAUACACAUCACAGCAACUCUUCCACCCAUCCUACGAACACAAGCAGAGUCCCAAGUCGCAGAAGCCUAAUAUCUCUCUUUUUUUUUUUUUUUUGGUGAAAGAAGCCUAAUAUCUCGAACUAGUCUCCUGUCUGCAGAUUUUUUUUCAGUCGACUUGCUAGCUGUGCAAGCUGCUCUGGUAUGGUUUUGUUGAUAGUACUUUGAGCAUAUGGAUUUUAGUAGAAUAGGAAAUAUGUACCAAAAGGAGGCAGUUACUUCCACAAGAAAAGAAAUCUGCAGUCACAUGAUCAUUACGUUAACAUUCUAACGAAGUUAGGAGUAGGCAGUCAGAACUGGAGAGAGACAGAAAGAAAGCUAAACGAUGGAA